UCCUGACCAGGAACCAUGGUGAUUUCUGAUCUGGUUUCUGGGUUCGAUGCCUUGCUCAGGGACAGAUGGUCAGGGGACCACGACAGGAGGCCUCGACUGCCCUCCCCUGGGAGCUCUGACGACGAAGAGGAGGAGGAGCUACAGUAUGAGGAAGAGGACGAGGACGAGGAGGUGGACGAGGAGGAGGAGGGCGAGGAGGAGAGGGAGGAGCCAGAGGAACUGUCAGACGAAGAGCAGCACAUCUACCAAACAUUAGACGGACAGGCCAGCCUGCCUGUCUGUCUAGACAGACGGACGGACCGUCCUGUCUGUGUUGGCACACAGGACGGUCAGCCAAUCACAGAGCCCGUCUACACCCUGCCGGUCAAAGCUAAGCGUAUUUUUCAGGAAGAAGUUAAUACAGACAAAGAGUUCCCACAGGAAUCUGAUCCGUACGCACUGCGUGUCAGGGGAGAGAAGCCGGUUAAGCAGCUGACACAGCAGAAGUUCCGGUCUGACAGAAGUAAUCCUGCACAAGACGUUCCCGUGGAAACCAGCAGCCCGUCUCCAAAAGCGGGGCGCGGUUCUUCCAAAAGGAACACGCCGCCGCCCCGGAAGAGUUCUGAGCCCAGCGAGGGCCUCCGGGGGGUCCUGGAGGGGCAGCAGCAGGCGGUCUUGUCUCUCACGCUGCAGAACGCGGCUCUGGCCUCAGAGCGCAGGCAGCUGCAGGAGACCCUCAGCCAGCAGGGCAGGGAGCUGCUCCAGGGGAAGGACGCCAUCCAGGACCUGCAGGCCAGGCUCAGCCGGGGGGGCACGCCCAGCCCCGCGGCCCCCAGCCCCGCGGCCCCCAGCCCCGCGGCCCCCAGCCCCGCGGCCCCCAGCCCCGCGGCCCCCAGCCCCGCGGCCCCCAGCCCCGCGGCCCCCAGCCCCGCGGCCCCCAGUCCACCGGCACCCACAGGCGUCCUGGAGGAACAGGUUCAGAACCUCAAACUGACCGUCCAUCGACUCAGCGUGGAGCUCAGCCGCUACCAGGCCCAGAACAGACCUCUGGGCCAGCAGCAGAGCUCCAGGACCGACGGUGUACCGAUGACAAGCUCGCCUCCACCAUGGCUGUCGGACAUGAAGUAUCUUUCUCCUCUGCUAUUGGCCUACGAAGACAGGAUGUCAGAGAAAGACGCACUCCUGCAGGCUGUUAAGGAGGAAGUGACGGCGUUGCGGGUUCGCGUCGAGGAAGGGGUCAUAGAGAACCAGACUCUGCAUGACCGACUGGUCACCUCAAAGGGGGUUUCUCAGCAGGACUGGUGUGGUCUCCAAGAAAAGGCUGCCCUGGUCCUGAAGGAGAACCAGGUUCUGCUGAACCAGCUGGAGGCCCAGCAGAAACUGAGCCAGACCAGCCACAGCCAGCACCAGACUGAGGUGACCCGCCUGACCAAGAGGUUGAUGCUGAUGGAGGAGGAGGGGCGGGUCUUGCAGGUGAAGAUGGAGGAGGAGUGGGCGGAGCUUAGGACCCUGCGGAGCCACAUGAAGGAGGCGGUCCCCAGGGAGGAGCACUGUGGCAUCACCGGGAAGCUACACCGCCAACUGGAGCAGGAAGAGCGACGGCGGGUGCAGGAGGUGGAAAAGAUGCACGCAAAGGUUUUGGAUCUGGAGGAUGAGAAGAGAGUACUGCAGGCGCAGAACUCCUCGCUGACCCAGGAGCACCGGACCAUGGAGCAGGAGCUGCAGCUGUCUGAGCAGGCCCGCAGGAAGGCGUGCAGCAGGCAGGCUGUGCUGGGCGGCCAGCUGGAGGAGAGUGUGAGGCAGGAGGAGGAGGCUCGUCUGCUGCUGGCCAACCUGCUGACCCUGGCCCAGAGGAGCACCCUGGAGAGAGACCACCUCGCCCUGCUGGCCACGGCCCUGGAGCAGGAGAAGGCAGGAGGCGUCUGCUCGCUCCUGGAGGGAACACUACGGCUCCGCAAGCUCCACGACAAGGUCAAGGUGUACCGCGGGCGUGUAUCGGCGGGCCGGGCGCUGGCGGAGCGGCGGCAGCGGGACCAGGAGGCGGCGUUGGCGUCGAGCCAGCGAGAGAUCCUCCGGCUGCAGCAGCAGCUGGGAGACAGACAGAGCACCCUGGACACAGUGCUGCAGAGCAAGCAGGAUCUGGAGGCGGAGCUCGGGGUGGUGUGGGAGGCGGCCACCCGGGAGGAGCAGGGGAUGAGGGAGACGCUCCUGAACAACUCCCCCAGUCGGGGCGUCCAGAGCCUGGGUCUCCUGGGCAGGACCGGCCCUGACUGGUUCUCGGAGGCUGCAGAGCCAUCAGCGCCCCACAAGGCCCACCACCCCCACUCAGCCAAUGAGAUUGAGAAGCUCGGGCUGGACUUCUACUCCUGAGGCUCCAAGGCGAGAGGGGAAGCUCGCUCCUCGUCUUUCGUCACAGUGCGACACUAAACACUAAACACAAACCAAUUAACUCUUUUCUACCGUCUGGGCAAUGCGUUGUUUAAAGUAAUGCUUUUUUUUUGUAAACAUCUUGAACUAGGGCACACUCCCAGAAUUGCAGGCUGUAUCUGCUCUCAGAGUGUCUUCUGGACUGCAAGUCCCACACUGACUGUUACUGCGCUCAAAUGAUCUUCUGGACCACAACUCCCACACAGACUGUUACCUCUCAAAAAAUUGUCUUCUGGACUACAACUCCCACACUGUUGGCUGCAACCACUCUCAAAUUGUCUUCUGGACUACAACUCCCAAUCUGGCUGUAAUGCUGCUAUCCAUUUGGAUGGUACGCUGGUACGAACGACCAGCUUCAGCUAGAACGUGACGUAUUUCCCUUGCUCCAGCCUUCCAGUUUGCCAUUUGUGUUUCUGUCGAGCCACGAGGGGGAGUAGUAGCAGGCUAGUCAUCAUUAGCAACAUAGCCUCUUUAGCAAACCAGCUUCAAAAGAAAAGUUUACAUUGAAGUGCAAGCAAAGCAAGACCGUGCAAUGCUUAAUACUUAAGUACAUUUUAU